ACUUAACCUUACGCGAUGAUUCCACGAUUUCUAACGCACAGGAUUUUAUCUCUGAUAUCACUGAUAAGAAAAAGGCUACAAGAGACAAGCUAUCUUUUGUUAGCGUUUAGAAAUACUUCAAGUUUGUGCACAAUGGCAGAUGCCAAAGACAUCAACAGAUACUUCGAAAUCGCCAAAAAGUUAACUUUAGAAGCUGGCAAGAUAAUCAAGAGUGCUACCGACACGGAAAAAUUGGUUGAAUCGAAAAGUAGUAUUCAUAGUGACUUGGUCACAGAAUAUGACAAAGAAGUAGAAAAUAUACUUAUCGGAGGAUUGUCGAAAGAAUUUCCUGAUCACAAAUUCAUUGCAGAGGAGUUAUCUGCCCAGGAAAAAAGUAUUCCCGAAUUGACAGAUGAUCCAACGUGGAUAAUCGAUCCUAUUGACGGUACAACAAAUUUUGUUCACGGCUAUCCCGAAUCUUGUAUUUCGAUUGGAUUAACAAUUGAUAAAGAAGUCGUAAUUGGCAUAAUAUACAACCCUGACAACUGCCAUCUUUAUACUGCGAAAAAAAAUGAGGGAGCUUUUCUCAAUGGCGUCAGAUUACAAACAUCAUCUGUGACUGAAUUAAACAAAGCUUUGGUAUCUACAGAAGUUGCAUUGAUUCACGAAAGUAUGAAGAAUCGAGAUAUAUAUGCUGGUAGACUGGAAGCAUUGGCAACUGUAACUCACGGGAUUAGAGGAAAUGGCUCCGCGGCGCUAUCUUUGGCUUACGUUGCCAGAGGGAUUGUAGAUAUUUAUCAAAUGCAUGGAUUAAAACCAUGGGAUGUUGCACCCGCAAUAUUAUUAAUACAAGAAGCUGGUGGCAUAGUCACUGAUUUAAAAGGUCAACCUUUCAGUGUAAUGAAAUCGAAACUAGGAAUAAUUGCUGCUUCAAAUAAACAACUUGUCAAAGAAGUCACCAAACUGAUCAUCGAAACUGAUCUAAAAACUCAACGAAAACGACUCAAAAGAACUGAAAAAUUUACCUCACGUUGCAGAUACAACUUAAUGUAAGUUUAUGAUCUAGCC